AAUUCAUCUGUGCGUCUUUCUCUUCAGUUUCCUUCUCAUCUCCUCCCAAUUAAACCUGCUCUCUUUAUCUCUCUCUCUCGCUGUCUCGCAUGGCUGUCGGAGUAAUACUCAGGGCCUUCCGACUUCGCAAACCUUGUUUCUCUCUCCUAGAAACUACCACUACUCGAUUUAUUAGCACACUGGUGUUGGCUGAACAUGAAGGAGGUUCCAUUAAGUCAUCAUCUAUUAGUUCUGUUGAAGCUGCGAAGUGUUUAAGUAAGGAUAAUUCUAUCUCUUUGUUAUUGGCUGGUUCUGGUCCCUCUCUCCAACAGGCUGCUACACAUGCUGCCUUGUGCCAUCCCUUAAUUUCUCAGGUCCUUGUAGCUGAUUCAGAUAAAUUUAUUCAUCCCUUAGCUGAAGGUUGGGCAAAUUUGGUCGAAUCAGUUCAGAAGAAAGAUGGAUACACGCAUAUUCUUGCUGCCUCUGGUUCAUUUGGAAAAAAUAUAUUGCCCCGUGCAGCUGCGCUUUUAGAUGUUUCUCCAUUAUCUGAUGUGAUUGAGAUAUCCGGUUCUCAUCAAUUUGUGAGGCCAAUUUAUGCUGGAAAUGCUCUUUGUACAGUUAGAUAUACUGGCGAGUCUCCAUGUUUGUUGACCAUUCGUGCCCCUUCAUUUCCGGUACCAGCAUCCGAACCAAGAUCAACUGCUGCUCCAAUUACUCAGGUUGAUCUCUCAACCUUUGGUGAAGAUAUUCUGAAAAAAUCAAGAUUUGUGAAGCGCAGCUCUCAGGAAUCUGAGCGGCCAGACCUUGGCAAUGCACGCAUUGUAGUGACUGGAGGACGAGGUUUGAAAAGUGCUGAGAACUUCAAGAUGAUUGAGAAACUUGCUGAGAAAAUUGGUGCUGCAGUUGGAGCUACACGUGCUGCUGUUGAUGCAGGAUUCGUCCCCAAUGAGUUACAGGUUGGACAAACAGGAAAAAUUGUUGCACCAGAGCUAUACAUGGCUUUUGGGGUCUCAGGCGCCAUUCAACACUUGGCAGGCAUGAGAGACUCGAAAGUCAUUGUAGCUGUGAAUAAGGACGCAGAUGCCCCCAUAUUCCAGGUAGCAGACUAUGGGCUGGUUGGUGACCUGUUUGAGAUUAUACCAGAGUUGCUAGAGAAGCUUCCGGAGAAAAAGUAAAAAUUGUACAAAAAUUUCCAUUAACUGGGGACUCACUGUAUAUGUUUGACGUAACAAUUUACAUGGCCUAUCUUAGGGAGAGAGAGAGCUGUUAUUUGCAAUCCCAUUUAGGCAGUCUGGGACUAGUGAUAACGGUUCUUUUAUUGAUGUCCUGUAUGGCUGUAUGUGUGUUGUGUCUGAAUUCUGAUUCAACUGGAUGUUGUAUUCUUCAGCAAAGGAACGAAGUAUAUAUAGUCAUGAAUUUCUGAAUGCUUUAUCAAUUACCUAUGUUAUACUCUCUUUUUUAAGUUGUUCU